AUGCGGCUGGGCUCCGACGUGAAUGGAGACGAGUGGGCGUACAUCCGCCGUACUCGGUCCGGCCGCAUAACCCCAGAGCUUCAUGAUACUGUUCCGGACGUGGGGAACCCAGUGGUGGAGGGCAUUGUCGCGUUCUUUAAGGCUGAAUUCCGUUCAAUGUGGGUGGACCACCAGACGCGCUUCAUGACGCGCGUGCCACCAGCAUGGGUGUGGAGGGGUAACUCUCCUUCGGCCGCGAAGACAUUGCAGUGGACGUACGAAGCGCUUUGGGGGGUGGCGACAUCCCACAUUCAGCUAACGUUCUGGCGCACUGGGUGCGUCCCGGACGAGUGGAUGUCUCAGCUUCACGCGAUCAACAGCGACAUGCAUGUCGAGGUUGUGGAGCAACUUGUUGCCAGCCUCAUGGGCCUGCAGAGGAAGCUGGACAAGUUGGACAUCCCUGACUGCGUGAUGGAAGCAAUGGACUAUGCGACUUGGGAUGACGAGAUGGACGAGGUUACGACCGGAUGCAUGCCAGAGCCGGUCAUCCGCCUCGUGGAUGAUUCAAGCAGUGACGGCCGCGUAUCGUGGGACGACAAGACUCGCCGCAGGUUCCUGCGUAUGGCAUCCUCUGCGUACACAAGGCUUGCCAGCGCGAAGGGAGUUGCUCCGCGUGACAUUAUCACGCUUAAGCGCCCGGGGAACUCGGAUCUUGUGGACCGCCUGGUGCGCACACCAAAGAAGAAGGUGCGGAUGCAGUCCUACGCGCCUUCGCCGUCCAUGUCUCCAACGGCCAGCGAGGAGAUAUGCUUCCAGUCCCCUUCGACAUCAUUGUGUAGCGUUCGGGAGGAUAUUGAAUAUGGGCUGUUGUGA